UUCUAGACACUGUCAUUUAUACGCUGUUGUGAUAUGUUGUUUUAAAGCCACUGUACCUUGAAUUCAGAAGGGCUUCGCUCCUCGUAUUAAGAGACAUACGGUAAUGCUCUUCCUAUUGUGAUGUCAGUGCGGGUAUUUGCAUCUGCAUCACGCCCCUUGGAAGUGGCAAGCUCCUGGUCAGGAGUAACUCAAGCUGGUAAUUGUCAGCAGGGCUGGAUCGCUGGUGUCCCGGGAAGAGGUACGCGCGCUGCAGAAAACUACUCAAUCCUUUCACGAAAAGUGGCUUUAAGCUUGCUGGAGUCCCGCUGUGUGUUUGAGUGCGUGAGUCCACCAUGUCCUCGAACGCCUCCUCCCCGCUCUCCCCUGGCUCCCCGCAGUCUCCCCUCUCCCCAGGGUCCCUGUGCCUGCCCGAGUGCGGACACACCCGAGAACGCUGCCCGUCGCCCAUGAGGGGCUACCUGAUCCCCAGCCCCCUGCCCACCCGUCGCUCCAGGACCUGCUCCGCGGCAGCGCGGGCUGCGGAGGGCCCGGUGUACACGGGCGUGUGUAAGUGCUUCUCUCGCGCCAAAGGACACGGCUUCAUCACGCCCUCGGACGGAGGCUCGGACGUGUUCGUGCACAUCUCGGACAUCGAAGGAGAGUACGUUCCAGUGGAGGGAGAUGAGGUCUCCUACAAGCUGUGCUCCAUUCCUCCGAAGAUGGAGAAGGUCCAAGCUGUGGAAGUGACCAUCACCCACCUCGCCCCUGGCACCAAGCAUGAGACCUGGUCAGGGCAUGUCAUCAGCAGCUAGGAGACCUGGCCGACUGCUUCGUCAUCGGAACGACCAGCCACAGGAGAGGAGGGGACAGUGUGGGAGGACCCAGUCACUCCUUUAUUUUUAUUUCAAAAGGAGAAAAAGAAGUAUAUAGUGCUGCUUCAGGCUUUUUUUUUUGACCAGUGUAUGAAAAGCUAGUUGUGAGGUAAAGCAGUUUUGUCAUCCCUCCUCCCCCUCCUCCCCCCUUUAAUAAUUUUUUUUGGUAAUUGAGGUGUGAAAAAUGAAAAGAAUGAAUCUUGAUACUUGUGUCCUGAAAUCCCUUUUCAGAAGUUUGAAGUGUAGGAGGCCAAACCAGCCCUGGAUGUGUAGCUACAUUAAAUACUGUUUCUAACUUUUGAUUAUUUUUUUUUUCUUUUAUAUUUCUAUAUCUUGCACAUCUACUAUUUACAAAAGCUUUAGUGCCUAAAUAUCUGUAAAAAAUACUGCCUUGUUAAUAGAAAUCUAGGCACAAAAGAAGUUGUAUUUUUCCCUGCAACAGUAAGUGUGUAGUAGUUUUAAGGGCAGUACAUUUGAAUAGGUUCUACUUGUCUGAAUAGCAAUCGCCAGUUUUAAAUGUUGUGACUGUGGAAGAGGAGAGGUUCUCUAGUGCUGCAGCCCUUCUGAUGGGGAGGAACAGUGCUAUGAGCUGCGAAUUUGAGCUGUACACACUGACACUGCAAACGCAUUCCCGGACAAGAAUCGGGCUUCAAAUGCUGUCCAGGUGUGUCUGAUUAAACGAUUCUCAAAACAGCGUGCACCUCCUCUCAGCAUUCACGAAACACUCGUUCCCUUCUGAGUUUAUUAACAUCCACGCACAGGAACGUCCCGAUACGUGCUGCCAGACAAGCAAAAGAUUGUACCAGUAUUGUCAGUUCUGUACUUUCAUAGACGAGGCUAAGGCUUUUCCUGUUAUCCGCUUUUUAAUUUGAAGUUUUUAAAUUGUGUUUUUUUUUUUUUGGACAAUUGAAAUGACUUGGAAUGAAUGCAGGGGGUUUUCAAUAAACAUGAUUAAAGUGCUG